AUGUCAGGAGGAAUAGAAAGAAGCGAAACAUGGGUAGGUUUUGGUGAUGGAAUUCCAUGUGUUCUAGGAAUCGAUGAGGCAGGUCGAGGGCCAGUUCUCGGACCAAUGGUAUACGGAUGUGCCAUUUCUCCAAUAGACAAAGAUAGUGAACUAAGAGAGCUGGGUGUCGCGGAUUCUAAGGCUCUCACCGAAAUAAAGCGUGAAGAGAUAUUUGAUGACAUGAAUAACAACGAAGAAACUAAGCAGGUUGUCGCCUUUGCUGUUUGCUGUUUGUCUGCUCAGCACAUUAGUACAUCAAUGUUGAGACGGUUAAAAUGUUCCCUCAACGAAAUAUCGCAUAAUGCUGCCAUAAAUUUGAUAAGUGAUGCCCUAUCGUCUAAAGUAAAUGUGGUUGAAAUAAAGGUGGAUACGGUAGGACCCAAAGCAACGUAUCAAUCUAAACUAGAGAAGAUAUUUCCUGGAAUAUCUAUUACGGUAACCGAGAAGGCUGACGCCCUCUUUCCAAUUGUCAGUGCUGCUUCUAUAGCUGCUAAAGUGACGCGUGAUCGCCGCCUUCGGUCAUGGAAAUUCGCUGAGCCCGAUGUAAAAAUUCCAGCUGACGGUUAUGGUAGUGGUUACCCUGGAGAUCCAAAUACCAAAAAGUUUCUGGUGGAUAGUGUGGAUCCCAUAUUUGGAUAUUCAUCUCUAGUACGGUUUUCAUGGAAAACUGCUGAAGUUUUAGUCGAUAAAAAUUGUGUAAAGGCAGAAUGGCGAGUUGAAAUCAUAAACUUUAAUUGGAGGAACAGGAAGUCAACGCGCCUUCGGUUAAAGGUUGGCUUACUUCAAAAGCGGACUUGCCUAAAAGGCAUAUUGAAUGGGAAUGAUGAAGGUUAUUAUCCGCUACUCUAUGUUGCCGAUUUGCUGAGUCGUGAGAAAGAUCUGGUUGAGAUGAAAAAAGGAGAUACUCAUAUGAACAUCACAGUCAAAUACCUUCCCGUUCCGCUUGGCAAAAUACGAUUUCAUACCAUGAUCUCUUCUUCUUUGAAACAGCUCCUUCAGCUUGGAUUCACUCAAAAGGAUUUGGAAGAUGUAAAGGCAAUUUUUGGAGACACCAGUCUUUACCUUCUUGGUAUAACCGUGUUCGUUUCUUCAAUUCAUCUUCUUUUCGAUGUAUUGUCGUUCAAGAAUGACAUAUCCUUUUGGCGAGAGCGAGAAUCAAUGGUUGGCCUUUCUUCCAAGGCUUUGCUGUGGCGAUGUUUUUCGUAUACCGUUAUUUUCUUCUAUCUCCAAGAUCAAGAAACGAGUCUCCUUGUGAUUGUGCCUGCGGGAAUUUCGGUAUUGAUUGAAUUCUGGAAGUUGAAGAAGGCUUUUAAGGUCUCAUUCUCAUGGCAGGGGCUGAAAUUCGGCAAGCAUUCAGCCGAGGAAGAAGAGACGGAGGCGUUUGAUAGUGAAGCUAUGAAAUAUUUGGCAUAUCUUAUGACUCCACUCUGCAUUGGAGGCGCCAUUUACAGCUUGAUGUAUGUUCCACAUAAAUCGUGGUAUAGCUGGGUGCUUGAAUCGAUGGCUAAUGGAGUCUAUGCGUUUGGCUUCUUGUUCAUGCUUCCUCAGUUGUUUGUCAAUUAUAAAUUGAAGAGUGUGGCGCACCUCCCAUGGAGAGCUUUUACGUACAAGGCUUUCAAUACGUUCAUCGAUGAUCUCUUCGCAUUUAUAAUAGUCAUGCCAACUGCUCAUCGUGUUGCUUGCUUCCGUGAUGACAUCGUGUUUAUUAUUUAUCUUUAUCAACGCUAUCUUUAUCCCGUCGAUCACUCGCGUGUUAACGAAUUUGGCCAGAAAGGAGAAGACGUAGUCUCAGAACAGAAGAAGGCUGAAAUCAAGUCCACUGAGGAAGUUGUUGAUGGAAAACCUGCCAAAGCAGUGCCUUCCGGUUCUCCAUCUGAAAAGACGAGAGCGAGGAAAAGGGCAUCGAAGAAAAUCGACUAA